AUGAAAAGAAUAGUUUUACAAAACACCAAGUAUUUGGCUCGUUACAAUAGAUGCUCCUUUUCCACAUGUCUCAUCAAUAAGAACACCAACAUUGAUUCAACAUUGGAGAAGAAUGAAUCUAAAUUGAAUACCUCCAAGAAACCUCAGGUAACUAUCAAGCCAGUUUCCAUCGAUGAAGAGGAAAUGUCCAGAGAAUCCUAUUUUAACAAACCAAACUCUGGCUUGAACACUAGUGAAAAAGUUGGAUCUGCAAACCCUGGAAUUUAUGAUGCAGGUGGGAUUUUAAAGGACAAGUCGGAAAAUGUUACUCCUAGAAGUCCAGGAGCCAACAUGUUCAAUGCCUCUCAAGAAACUGGUGAUGCAAUGAGAAAGGCACAAGAAGGAGUUGCUGAUUUGAAAAAGACGGGUAGAAAUGUCAAGGAGAAUAUCAAGGAAAAUGUUAAAGAAAAGGCAUCUGACAUGAAUAAGAAUGUCAAACAAACCAUGAAUAAGGCCAAGGAAAUGAAAGAUGAGGCAAUGGACAAGACACAAGAUAUGACCACUAAAGUCAGAGACAAGACUAUUCAAUAUAAGGAAGAAGCCAAAGACAAGAUGGAAGAUGUAAAAGAUACCAUGUCAGAUGCCAUGGAAAGAGGCAAAGAGAAGGCAACAACUAUGGGUGAGGCUGUUACAGAGACAGUUAAGGAAGCUGCAAGUAUUGCUGGACAAAAAGCAAAAGAAAUGAAAGAUAAGGUUGUGGAAAAGGUUAAUGAAUGGACAUCUGACACUCCAAAUCGUACAGGUACUUCAGCAAGACCUUAAGAAAACAUCAGCUGUGUUCUUUUCUUGUGAUUUAUUGGUUGAUUGAAAAUAAAUAUGAAGUUUAGUAAAA